AUGAGUCAUCAAAGCAAUCCUCGCGUCCUUAUCGUGGGCGCUGGAUCUAUGGGUCUUGUCUGCGGCUACAUUCUGAGCGAGGCAAAGGCUGAGAUUACGUUUCUCGUGCGGCCGCACCGUGUCAAGGACUUGAGUCCCCCUCGGCGCUUGUACUGCUUCAAUGAUAACAAACUCAAGACAUUCCAGGCCUACCAAGUGGCCACUGAUCCAGAACACAUGAUAGACGCACAGUACGACUUCAUCUUGAUCACCCUGGACACCCAUGCCCUGAUGAACGAAGUCGGAACAGAGUUGGUGAAAGUUAUUGGCAAGGCUGUGUGUGGAAGCAGAACCAUGGUGGUAAUCGGCAGUGUCUCUUUUGAUAUUCGGCCAUGGUUUCUUGAAACCUCCCAAAUCCCUAGCGAACAGGUAGCCAACGGCAUGACCCUUGUCCAUGCGUAUGCACCAAGCGUUGUGAAGCUACCUAUCCACGAGGGCACCGACCGCAAGCUUCUCCAAGAAGCCGACCAGGGGUAUGUAGACAGUCUUGGGGCUGGCUUCAUUAUCAGCGACAGUGCACCUGUUGUGGCCGAAAAGUUUUUCGCUCUAUACAACUCGAGUACGUUAUCAUCAUGUGCGGUAUAUCCGGCAGAGAAAUAUCUCCUAUUCAGCGCCAGCUUAUUUCCAGUAUUUCCAGCCUAUGAGCUGCUUGGUUGGCCUGACUACGACGCGAUUGAUCCUGAGGGAGAGAUCUGGCGUCUCUGCAUCAGCGCAAUGAAAGAGAUUCAAAGACUUAGUAUCAUGGGAGUCAUGGGUGAAGGCGCCGCCGAAAGUACGUCUGGAGUUGGAGUUAUACAGCAGUUCUCGGGUAUGGCAAAAGCGAUGUUUCCCUUCCCGCUGGUAGAGUUUUACAAGUACCACCAUGGUGGUAAAGUCGUCACUCAAGACAGAGAGUUGAUGGAAAUAUGUGUCUCUUAUGGCAAGGCGGAAGGAAAGCAAAUGUCAGCAUUGAGAGAGCUGCUUCGGCGCACGCAGUAG